AUGGCGGUUCAAUCAUCAAGGAGAAUACUGAGUGGUGAUAUAGAAGAAAAUGGUGAUGAACGAAUUCAAAAGGCUAAUGGCAUUUAUUCAAGUGCAAGUUUAGCAUCAGUGGACUGGGCUGCCAAUAACGUCUCUAAAGCUAUGGUGCCUCUUUUCGAAGGGCUAAAGAGUUUUAGUAAAACCAUGAAAAUUUAUUAUGGAGUUCUGUCAAUAGGCUUGAGUUCGAAUAAGAAAAUUCUUGACAGCCAGCGCCAGAAAUCAGUCCAGCAACUCUGGAAUAAGAUGCUUCUUGUUCUGUGUGUCAUUACGCUCUCACUGGAUCCUUUGUUUUGCUAUAUUCUUGUGGUUAAUGAUGAAAAGAAGUGUCUUCGAUUGGACAGAAAAUUAAGAGCUAUAGCUACAGUUCUGCGAUCUGUUGUGGAUUUCUUCUAUCUGUUUUACAUCAUUUAUCAAUUUCGUGCUAGUUAUGUCACUCUUUUUUCUAAAUCAUCGAGAGGAGGUAAUCUGGCUCCGGAUACUCAGGCAAGAGCAAGGAGGUAUUUGUUGUACUUCAUAUUCGACAUCCUUGUAAUUCUUCCACUUCCACAGGGGAUAGUUUAUGGUAUCAUUCCAAGAUUGAAUAACUCGAGGGUUUUCCAUGCAACACAGUCCUUGUACUUCAUAGUUAUCUUUCAAUACGUGCUAAGGGUUCUUCGAAUCUGCUCAUUGUUAAAAGAAGCUGCAAGGUCUUCUGGCAUCCUCUCAGAAACUGCAUGGGCUAAAGCUGCCUUUAAUCUUUUUCUUUAUAUGCUAGCCAGUCAUGUUGUUGGAGCCAUCUGGUACUUCUUUUCGAUAGAAAGGAAAACAUCCUGCUGGCGAAAAUCUUGUAAAAUGCAUGCUAUUGCUCAUUGUUCGUUAUAUUGUGACGAUAGUUUUGGAGCUAGCACUUUUCUGAAUGACUCUUGUUCUCCAAAGACGCCAAAUUCCACAUUUUUUGAUUUUGGAAUAUACUUUGGUGCUCUUGAAUAUGGUGUCAUUGAAUCAACAGAUUUCUUGGCAAAGAUCUCUUACUGCUUUUGGUGGGGACUGCAGAACCUGAGUUCCCUGGGUCAAAGCCUCAAAACAAGUACCUAUCUGUGGGAAGUCUACUUCUCAGUUUUUGUUUCACUCACUGGAUUGAUACUGUUUGCAUUUCUGAUUGGAAAUAUGCAGACAUAUUUGCAAUCAAAGACAGCAAGGCUAGAGGAAAUGAGAUUGAAGGGGCAAGAGAUAGAGUUGUGGAUGGCCUUCCAUUCCCUUCCUCGGAAUCUCAAGAAGAAAAUGAGGCAAUACCAGAAAUACAAAUGGCAAGAAACUAAAGGUGUUGAUGUGGAGAGUUUUCUUCGCAAUCUUCCCCGGGACACCAGAACGCAAAUAAAGCAGCAUCUGUGUUCCGAUUCACUCAGUAAAGUUCCAAUGCUUCAAAACAUGGAUAAACGUUUGCUUGAGGCAAUAUAUGAUCAUCUCAAGCCAGUGCUUUAUAUAGAGCACAGCUUCAUACUACGGAAAGGUGACCCUCUUGAUGAGAUGCUGUUCAUCACUCGCGGCAAGGUAUUGACUUACACCACCGCAGGCAGAGAAGGUGCUGAUUGUCUUGAAAAGGGUGACUUCUAUGGCCAAGAACUUCUUGACUGGGUGCUCAAGACUCCCAAUCCUAGCCUAUCCAACCUUCCAUUCUCAACUAAAACAGUCCAAGCGCACACAAAAGUUGAAGUGUUUGCUCUUAGGGCCAAUGACUUGAAGAAUGUAGUCUCCAAGUUCUGGUGGCUUUCACCAGCUCUGAAUAUGGAACAACCGAGAGAACCGAAAAGCAGUAGUGAAACAGAAAACAAGGUUAAAGUUGGGCAACAUUCAUUCAAUAACUACCUAAAAGUCCAAGCGGAGGAGUUAGAAGCUCAAGGUAUCCAAGUCAAGAGAGAUAAGGAGACUGCAGCAAUAACGGAACUGGGCUUUGGCAAGUUGCUGCAAUUGUCAUGCACCCGAGUUCGUCGUGAUCUAUGUGGUUUUCUGAUUGGUAAGUUGGACACAGAGAAUUGUCAGAUUGAGUUGCAUGGUAAGGCUAUGGAAGUCAAUUCUUCAGACUUCAAUUUGAUUAUGAGUGUGCCCGAAGGAAGAUCUGAUGUAGACUUGAACGGCUCAAUUAAUGAUCCUGACAUGAAACCUCUAGUUGAUUAUUAUGGAGGAACUUCUGGAAAUAUUCAGAUUUCAUACCUCAUUAAGAAGCUAGAUGGAACUAACCCAGUAGACGAUCAUUUCAGAGUUAACUUUAUGUUGUUGGCUCUAGGUUCCAAUGCUUCAAACAUGGAUAAACGUUUGCUUGAGGCAAUAUGUGAUCAUCUCAAGCCAGUGCUUUAUAUAGAGCACAGCUUCAUACUACGGAAAGGUGACCCUCUUGAUGAGAUGUUGUUCAUCACUCGCGGCAAGGUAUUGACUUACACCACCGCAGGCAGAGAAGGUGCUGAUUGUCUUGAAAAAGGUGACUUCUAUGGCCAAGAACUUCUUGACUGGGUGCUCAAGACUCCCAAUCCUAGCCUAUCCAACCUUCCAUUCUCAACUAAAAACAGUCCAAGCGCACACAAAAAGUUGAAGUGUUUGCUCUUAGGGCCAAUGACUUGA